UGGAACCCUGGAGCAGUCCCGGCGCCAGCAGCUGCGAGGCCCCAAAAGUGCAUCCUGGGAAGAUGCGGUGCGGACCCCUGUGCCAGCUCCUGUGGCUGUGGCCCUGUCUGUUGUGUGUUCAAGCUGUGUCCAUCUGGAAAGUCCGGGAUGACACCAAAACCCUCAUCAAAACCAUCGUCACCAGGAUCAGUGACAUUUCACACACGCAUGCAGUCUCCUCCAAACAGAGGAUCACCGGUUUGGACUUCAUUCCUGCACUCCACCCGAACCUGAGCUUGUCCAAGAUGGACCAGACGCUGGUCCUCUACAAACACAUCCUCACCAGUCUGCCUUCCCGGAAUGUGGUCCAAAUUGCCAAUGACCUGGAGAACCUCCGGGACCUUCUGCACCUGCUAGCUGCCUCCCAAGACUGCCCCCCACCCCAGGCCAGUGAUCUGGAGAGCCUGAACAGUCUGGAAGGCAUCCUGGAAGCCUCCCUCUACUCCACAGAGGUGGUGGCCCUGAGCAGGCUGCAGGGAACUCUGCAUGAAAUGCUUCAGCAGCUGGACAUUGGCCCUGGGUGCUGAGGCCCUGCAGGCUGCUCGGCCCCAGGAGCCACGUCGAGGCAAGAGGCAUGCUUCUAGAUGUCUCUCAGAGAAGAGAACCUUGCAUGGACGUUGCUUCUCCAGGACUCUGGCCACUUCUCUUUUACUCCUCCAAGCCCUUCCAAAGGCCCAAGAUUCCAUUUUGCUUGAAAUCAAAGAUUCUUUGCUCACCA